AGAUACUGUGACCUCGAUAAAAUUGAGCAACAUCGAUCUGUGAUCGCAUUUUUGUAUCAGAUCGCAAAAGAAAUACGACGGCUGUAGCGGUCAACAUGAACACGGCAUUUCUGUUGCUGUGUUGCGCGGCGGCGCUGGGGGGCGCCUCCGCUCUCUCAAUCAAAUUGAGACAAAAUCCGGAGACUCUUUGCCUCGGCCAAGACAACUUCCUACGCAUUGCCAGCGUCGACAACUGCUAUGACUACUACCAGUGCUAUGCAGGCCGUUCCUACCUCAUGCAGUGUCCGGAGGAGACCUGGUUCAACGAAGAGGACCAGGUAUGCGAUCGGUCGGAGCUUCCGGCUAACUGUCGGUCUGAAGGCGAACCAGAGCCGGAACUUGAAUCGGAACCAGAAACAGAUCCUGAACAAGAAAUCGAGCCAGAAGAGGAAGUGGAAGAGGAACCAGAACAGGCGGAGGAAGUAGAAGAGGAACCAGAACAGCAAGAGGAGGAAGAAGAGGCACCUGAACAGGAAGAAGUAGAAGAGGAGCCAGAACAGGAAGAUGAAGUAGAAGAGGAACCAGAACAGGAAGAGGAAGUACAAGAGGAACCAGAACAGGAAGAGGAAGUACAAGAGAACUCUGAAACAGAAAUAGUACAAGACAUCUUACCGGAAGAAGACUUGGAUUCUGAAAACGAGCCGGAAGUUUCUCUCCCGGAAGAUAUUGUUGAGUCAGGUGAAUCUCAAGAAGAAGAUGUAGAACGUGAAGAGGAGGAUGUCGACGCCGAAGAAGAAAAUGAAAACGAAGAGGAAGAACAGGAAAGUGAGGAAUUAGAAGAAGAAAAUGGAGGAGUAGAGGGAGACGAAGAAGUAGACGAGAGUGAUGAAGAUAUAGAGGAAGUUGAAGAAGUAGAGGAUGGUGAUGAAGAAGUGGAAGGAGAUGUCGAUGAAGAAGAAGAAGGCGAUGAGAUUAAAGAUGGGGAAGUCGAAGGUGACGAUUCUAGCGAAAAUGAAGAUAGUGCAGAGGUCCUUAAAUUGAAUUCACAGCAACAUCACCAUCACCAUGUUCACGAUCAUGACCAUCAUCAUGACCACGACCACGACCACGAUCACGAUCAUGACCACGACCACGACCACGACCACGACCACGCUCAUGAACAUGACCACGAGCACGAUCACGACCACGAUCACGAUCACGAUCACGAUCAUGACCAUGACCAUGAUCACGGACAUGAUCACGACCACGACCAGGAACAAGACCAAGAAACAAACGAUGAUGAGUCCAACGAACAAGUCGAUGAAGAUUUUGACGCAACACAAGAUGAUCCUCUGAUGAAAUUUGUUAAAGCUUAUAGGGAGUAUAAACUUCAAGAGGAACUAGACUCUGAUGAAGAAGAGGAAAUCGAAGAACCUCUACGGAAUCAUCCUCACCCACCUCAACCCCAUCAUAAUUUAUAUCCAUACGGACAGUACCCCGUUAAGCAACAAGAAAUAGAAGAUGUCGAAAAUGAAGAGGAACUAAAUGAACAAGAAGAAGAACAACGGGAAUUGUCUAUGCGUUUCCGACGUUCUCUCCUGAGACAAAAUGAAGAGGAAGAUGACGAUCAAAAUGAAGAUUUGUUUGAAGAAGAGGCUGAUAAUCAAGAAGAAGAAAACUUUGUAGAAAACAUCAGCGAAAAUGAUAAUGACCAAGAUGAUGAAGAAGUCUCAAAACGUUUAAGAAAAUCUUCAAAGCGACAAAAUGAAGACGAAGAAGAUGCACAGGAUGACGAUGAUGAUGAUGAGGAUGAUAACCAAGACGACGAAGAGGUAUCAAAACGUUUAAGAAGAUCUUUAAAGCGACAAAAUGAAGUAGAUGCACAGGAUGAAGAUGAUGAUGAUGAAGAUGAUGACCAAGAUGAUGAAGAAGUAUCAAAACGUUUAAGAAAAUCUUCAAAGCGACAAAAUGAAGACGAAGAAGAUGCACAAGAUGACGAUGAUGAUGAUGAGGAUGAUAACCAAGACGACGAAGAAGUAUCAAAACGUUUAAGAAGAUCUUUAAAGCGACAAAAUGAAGACGAAGAAGAUGCACAGGAUGACGAUGAUGAUGAUGAGGAUGAUAACCAAGACGACGAAGAGGUAUCAAAACGUUUAAGAAGAUCUUUAAAGCGACAAAAUGAAGUAGAUGUACAGGAUGAAGAUGAUGAUGAUGAGGAUGAUGACCAAGAUGAUGAAGAAGUAUCAAAACGUUUAAGAAAAUCUUCAAAGCGACAAAAUGAAGACGAAGAAGAUGCACAAGAUGACGAUGAUGAUGAUGAUGAGGAUGAUAACCAAGACGACGAAGAAGUAUCAAAACGUUUAAGAAGACCUUUAAAGCGACAAAAUGAAGAUGAUGAAGAUGUACAGGAUGAGGACGAAGAUGAUGAUGUUGAGGACCAAGAUGAGGAAGAAGUGUCAAAACGUUUAAGAAGAUCUUUAAAGCGACAAAAUGAAGGUGAAGAAGAUGCACAGGAUGAAGAUGAUGAUGUGGAGGACCAAGAUGAUGAAGAAAUAUCAAAACGCUUACGAAGAUCUUUGAAGCGACAAAAUGAGUCAGAGGAGGAUGAGGAGAAUGAAGAUGAUGAAGCUGAUGAGGAAGAAGAAGAAAAUGCCGGAGAAGAAGAAGAUGUUGAUGACGAAGCAGAUGAAAAUGAAGAAGACGACGAUGAAGGCCCCAAAAGACAAGAUGAAGUAGAGGAAGACAGCGAGGAAAACGACGACAAUGAGGAUAACGACGAAGAUGAUGAAACGAAUGAUGAUGAUGAUGAUGGUGAUGAUGAUGACGAGGAUGAUGAUGAUGAUGAGGAAGAAGCUGUAGUAGCUGAGAGCAAGCGGUUCCUUAGUCGACUUUUUAAGUCAUUAGGACUUUAGACGUUGGCGUCUUAAUUUCAAACACAUUUUAUAGAAAAGUGAAAGUUUGAUUUAUUGUAGGAAGUUAGGAGAAAAUAAUUUAUUUAUAAUUAAGUUCGAGUAGGCUUUUAUGUAGCAACACUUUGUGCAAUUUUGUAAAUAUGCUGCAGUGCGAAUGAAAUAAAGUUGUUUAAGAA